AUCGCAGUGACCAGGUUGGAACCGCCCAGAUAAAGCCUGAAGGGGAGAUUCCACAAAUAAUUCGCGUCGAUUUUUUUGGAGCUGGACGACGCCCAAUCACCACUCGCCAUCAUUUCCUUUCUGGUAGAUUUGGGAGCAAUUAUGUUGAAGAUUUAUAAGAAUUUUCUCGAGGAAGGUUGUGCUAUCGAAACCGACGAUCAUAUAGUAUUUAAUGUUAGCUAGAGAAGGUUUCAGAACCUCCCAGAGAUUAGCCCCAAAGUUUCAGAAAGGUAGAUACAGUUGGUAGAAAAUACAAGUUUGAUUGCGAUAGCACACGACGAGCCUAGCUCGUGGACCUCAUGAAGGUGACAAUGAGUGGACAUGGUGUCCAUUUUGGAUCCAAAAGAAAUGGCUGUGGUUGCACAUGGGCCAUGUUCGAAGAUUGAAAUUUCGGAAAGGAUGAUAAAAAGGAUUAGACAGUGUUAGAAAACAAGGGGGAAAGGGAAUGCUGAAGUUAGUGGUGGGAUGUUUGAGGUGUCUGUCGCUGACAUGCAAAAAUCCGAAGUUGUAUUGUGCUUAUUUGAUUACUUUGUAAAAUAGAGAAGGAAGGAGAGACCUCGAAUUCGGAUUGGUGUGAAUGCAUUGCAUCGACCGCAGAAUUUCCACCGCAGCCUUUAGAUGUGAAAUAUUGAAGGGCUCAGAUUAGCCCACUGUUUCGUUUUAUCCUGAGGCACGCCGUCCCGGUUUUAGCAAUUAGAUGCCAAAAGGGAUAAAUCCUCAUUCAAUGCUACCAUCAUUCGUGUUCUUUCCUUGUCAAGGCUCUCAUAGUUUUUUCCGUUGAUUCUUAAUAGAGUUGGAGCAAUUUUAUGUUUCGAUAGAUUUUGAGAUCUCAGCAUCCGGGUUUUGAAUGGUGGAUAUGCUUUAAAGCUUGUAAUCUUGAAGAAGCGCACGUGGCUCUACCCGUGGUAAAUUUGUUGUUUAAUUUAAGGAAAGUUUUGUUACGGUGACAUAGGAUUCGGAAUUGGGAAUUUUUUUUACUCGGAGUAGCUCUGGUUAACUGAUGGUCAUGGAUAAGAAUCUUAGCACAUAUACUGGGGUACCGUCGGGGAUCAAAUUUAACAGCCAAUCAGCUCCCACAUUUCUGGACUCCGAUCUGAUCAACAAGAUGAAAGUUUGCGGCAAGUUUUUAAAUUCGAAUCCUACAGAUGUUACCCAAGAUUCUGGCCAUUCAAAUUUCGGUUUCAAUCCCCAAUCUCAAACAUCUGAUGGUGAUUCUCCAGAGGAUCUUGAUUUCAGCGACGGGGUUCUAAAGUAUAUAAAUCACAUCCUCAUGGAAGAGGAUGUCGAAGAGAAAACAUGCAUGUUUCUUGAGUCGUCUACAGCGCUUCAAGUUGCCGAAAAAUCGUUCUACGAUGUUAUUGGAGAAGAGUAUCCCGGAUCUUCUAAUUCUCAGCUAAUAUCGAAUUCGGAUCACAGCUAUGAGAAUCCAGACGAAAGUGUUUCUGCAGUAUUGAAUGAUUUUUGGAGUUCCGGCGAUACGGAAACGCUAUGUCCCGAUUGGAAUUCUGAUCCCGAAACCUUCAAUAGGGUCGAUAAGUCUUACGCCAACGUCAACACGGUCUCCCAAUCUACUUCGCAGACAACUUAUAGCUCUUCAAGCAGCAACGGUACCGUCGUCGAUGGCCCCGUCGAUUCCCCUGUGAGUAGCCUAAAAAUUCCCGAUAUUUUUAGCGACAGUGAAUCCGCGCUUCAAUUUAAAAGGGGUGUCGAAGAAGCUACGAGAUUUCUUCCCAACAGCAGCAAUUUGAUCGUCGAUUUGAGGUACGACGAGCCGUUAGGUACAGUGCCGAAGGAAGACAGUGCCAAUCUUGUAGUUAAGGUGGAGAAGAAAACCGAUCUUUCAGAAUUCAGCGACAUUUCGAGGGGGAAGAAGAAUCCGUUCGAUGAGAGCGUAGAUUUGGCGGAAAGAAGCAACAAGCAAUCCGCGGUUUACACCGAAUCGACUGUGAGUUCGGAAAUGUUCGAUACUGUCCUUUUGUGCAGCGGAGGGAGAAACGAAUCUGCCCUUCGGAAAGCUUUGGACGAAGUGACGAAAAGCGCUCCCCAAAAUCAACAACAAUCGAAGGGAUCGAACGGCGGUAAGAGCAGCGCGAAGAAAAGGGGCGGGAAAAGAAAUGUCGUCGAUUUACGAACGCUACUGACCCUUUGCGCGCAGGCUGUCGCAGCCGACGACCGGCGCACGGCGACGGAGUUUUUACGGCAGAUCCGCGAGCACGCGAAGCCUACCGGAGACGGGAUGCAGAGGCUCGCGUAUUAUUUUGCCGAUGGUCUUGAGGCUCGUAUGGCCGGAUCGGGAACUCAGAUAUAUAAGUCGCUUCUUAAUUUACCGACCUCGGCUGCGGAUAUUCUGAAGGCGUACCAUACUUACCUCGCUACAUGUCCCUUCCGGAAGAUCUCGAAUUUCUUCGCGAACAAGACGAUCAUGACUGUCGCCGAGAACGCGUCGAGCCUGCACAUUAUCGAUUUCGGUAUUCUUUACGGUUUCCAGUGGCCGUGCUUUCUUCAACGCCUCUCGGAUCGACCCGGCGGUCCUCCUCGACUGCGCGUUACGGGAAUCGAUCUUCCUUGUCCGGGUUUCCGGCCGUUACAGAGAGUCGAAGAAACGGGGCGGCGUCUGGCGAGUUACGCCCAGACGUUCAAAGUACCCUUCGAGUUCCACGCGAUAGCGCAGAAGUGGGAGACAAUCAAAAUCGAGGAUCUUAAGCUCGACGAGAACGAAGUUCUCGUGGUGAACUGUUUGUAUCGAUUCCGGAAUCUUCUCGACGAGACGGUAAUGGCGAACAGCCCGAGGAACAUCGUUCUGAAUCUCAUCCGGAGGAUGAACCCGGCGGUGUUCGUGCUCGGGAUCGUGAACGGCUCGUACAACGCCCCGUUCUUCAUCACGAGGUUCCGGGAGGCGCUGUUCUAUUACUCGUCGUUCUUCGACAUGCUCGACGCGAACAUCCCCCGGGAGAUCCACGAGCGGAUGCUACUUGAGAAAACGAUUCUGGGACGGGAGGCGCGGAAUGUGAUUGCGUGCGAGGGCGCGGAGAGGAUCGAGAGGCCGGAGACGUACAAGCAGUGGCAGGUCCGGAACGUGAGGGCCGGGUUCAGGCAGCUCCCGAUCGACCGGGAGAUGAUGAAGAAGGCCGUGAACCGGGUGAAGACUUCGUAUCAUAAGGAUUUCGUGAUUGACGAAGACGGGCAUUGGCUCUUGCAAGGCUGGAAAGGUCGAAUCGUUUACGCGAUCUCGGCUUGGCGGCCGGAGUAUUAGAAAAAUCAAUCGAUCGAUCGGCUACUCUCGAGGAGAAAGAAUCGUCGAACGUGCGAACCCAGUCGAGACAUUUCGCAGGAUGGGUCGCCGAUGUCGAUGUGGCGGUGUCGGUGAUCUUUCCGGUGAUCGGAAAAUGAGCGACGGCGGAGGGGCGGAGGAGGUAAUAGAGAAAGUUAGAAGGUUGGUUUGGUAAUUUAACUACUUAAAACUCUACUCUACUUAGACUAUGAUAAUAAUAAUAAUAAUUAUUAUUAUAAUUAAUAAUGUGAGAUACAGAGAGACUGAAGGUAGGUAGUGUUAGUGUUUGAUGUUUAUUAAUGAAGAAAUUGCAAUUUAAUUAAGGGGAGGAAAAGCAAUUUGAGUCCUAUUGGUACGUUCAAAACUAGAUUAAUUAUUUACUCCAUUUUCAUGAAAAUUGGUCUUAUUUUAAAUUAUUUCAUUUUGAUGUAUUUUGCUGAC